GACACGAGAGAAUUGUUGCAUAACAAAAUAUCGACAGGAACAAUGAAGAGGAUCAGCGGACUCGCAGCCACCAUCCGUGCCAUUGAAGGCGGCGCCACCGCCGUCAAUGCUACCAAACAGCGGCUUUUACCGGCAGCGUUGUGCAGAACCUACUCUGUCAUGCCCCGGUUGUUUCCGCUCGAUAGGCAACUUCCCUAUCACUCGAAUCGUUCCAUGCUCUUCUCUGUCAGUGCCUCUGCCUCCUCAGUUGCUGAAGAUGUCCAUGCCAAGGUACAACCACACGCCAACAAUUUUCAACCCAAAGACGUCGUUCUUUAUCAGUACGAAGCUUGCCCUUUCUGUAACAAAGUUAAAGCAUUCCUGGAUUAUCAUGAUAUCGCAUACAAAAUUGUGGAGGUUAACCCAAUCAGCAAAAAGGAGAUCAAAUGGUCCGAUUACAAGAAGGUGCCUGUACUGAUGGUUGAUGGUGAACAGAUGGUUGAUUCGUCAGAUAUAAUUGAUAAGUUGUUUCAAAGGAUUCAUCCUGAGAUGUCAGUUGAUUCUCUCCUGGAUGGUGAUGAAGAUAGGAAGUGGCGUGGGUGGGUUGACAAUCAUUUGGUGCAUGUCUUAUCACCAAACAUUUACCGAACUACUUCUGAGGCUCUUGAGUCAUUUGACUACAUUACAACCCACGGCAAUUUCAGCUUCACUGAAAGAAUAAUAGCGAAGUAUGGUGGAGCUGCAGCUAUGUAUUUUGUGUCGAAGAAACUGAAGAAGAAACACAAUAUCGUUGAUGAACGUGCAGCCUUGUAUGAAGCAGCCGAAACAUGGGUUGGUGCUCUUAAAGGCUGCGAAUUUCUUGGUGGGUUCAAACCUAAUCUAGCCGAUCUUGCUGUCUUUGGCGUUUUAAGGCCCAUUCGUCACCUCAAGUCUGGUAGAGAUAUGUUGGAGCACACACGCAUUGGUGACUGGUACACUCGAAUGGAAAGCAGAGUAGGAGUGUCUUCUAAAAUUAAGGCGUAAACCCAAAUUAUUUAAUUUUUUUAUCAGUUGGAUCGAUGCCCAUGUCAGAUAUUCUUAAAGAGAUUACGACUCCUAUAAGCUAGAAGAAAUUACAGGAGCUUAUUUUUAGGUAUGUGAAAGAGUAUAACCAUGGAGACUGUUUAUGUGAAGUUGUAAUUUGGUUUCAGAAUUGGUGUUUUAUCCAAAUGACAAUUUUUGUAAGGACCUUUUUAUAUUGCAUUGACGAGGUAUGUUGGACUUAA